UUGCGAAAAUUGAACGACGAAUACAUUAGUGUUCGCGAGGAAUACGAGAAAAUGCAAAACGAUUUGUCGAAGGAUAUCAUUGCCGACACUGCCAAAUAUUCGGAUGCAAUCAAAGAUCUGGAUAUUCUGUUGACAUAUUUGGAUGUAAUGGUAGGUCUGGCGUCAGCUUCACUCGCGCCGUCCAUUGCUUACGUUCGACCAAAACUUUUACCAAAAGGUAGUUCGGGUAAAAUAGAUGUGAAACAAGUCCGUCAUCCGUGUCUCGAACUUCAAGACAACUUCUCUUACAUCGCAAACGAUGUCUCAUUUGAUUCAGAAACUGGAAAAUUUUAUUUUAUCACAGGGCCAAAUAUGGGCGGAAAGUCGACUUACAUCCGAUCGGUCGCGUUGUGU